AUGGGCGUGAGCCGCCUUGACAUCAGCCCUCAGGAUACUGGCGAGGACAGCAAUGUUGAGGUCCGACUCGAAGGGGAGCAGAGCCGACAAGUCACGAUUCAGAGACCAGAAUUGUUCCUCGAGCAAGUGGUCCUACCGUCCGCAGAGGCAAAGCGAUGGCUCGCUACGCAAUUGACCGUCUCGCGCACGAUGCACUAUCUCAGCCGCGCCAUCCUUGGCAUUGCUCGUCAUCCCCGGGUAUGGUUGGUGACGGGGCUUCAGUACAUCAGCAAGGCUCGUAUAGAGGCUGGUUGGUCGCAUUCGCCUCAUGCAUUAACGGGGAUCCCUGGCUCAACUCUAGAUCCCACAGUGGCUGCACUGACCGGCUUAGCCGAUGCAAGUGGUCAAGGUCCACACGUGGGUAUCGAGGCAGGAGGAUCGACGGGUGAUGACACGGAGGAGAAGAUCUGGGCUGCUCAGUUUGUGGAAUUGAAAAUGAGAUUUCGUCCUCGCGAGUUGGCCGCUGCCAAACUCCCGGAGGAGAUCCAACUGCAUCAGUUCAGUCCGCUGGGUGGAAUGGGGUUUCAAGGCCAUGAACAUGUCCCGAGCCAAGAGAUUGCAGCAAUCGAAGGUCUGGCGGGGCAACAUCGAGAUGACGAGCAGAACGGACAUGGUGCAUUUCUCGGAAUGGAAUGCGAGGAUUGUAUACUCUAUGAAGAACUAUUAGAGCAGGUGGAGAGUCGAAAGGGGGGACAAUGA